AUGAAAGAGUGUUGGUCCCUCACUUGGCUUCUCCAUCCUCUCUUCACCGUUGUUCGGGUCGCCGGUCACGCAAGCGAGUGCUGUGGUUCGGGUAACGGGUUCUUGGUCACUCAUUCUGCUGUCAGCCUCCGCAUCCUUCUCUGUUAUUGGUGCGAUCUGAUUCUCUUUCUUCUUUAUUUCUUCCAUUUGAGAGUUGUGAGCACACGAGGAGCUGGUCUAGGAUUUAUAAGGGCCGAAUUCGUGAGUUGGAAGCUGGUCAGUUAUUGUUUUCUUCUCUCCUGUUCUGACUCAGAUUCGUUUUCUUCCUCCCCUGCAUUUUGUUGCUGCCGAUGGCUGCUGUGGCAGGGGGUUGUCAAACUCACAGCUUCCUUCAUUUUGCUUGCGGCCAUAGAAGACCAUGAGUGGCAAGAAACUUCCUCCUUAAUUUCCCUCUGUUUGUGUGUUGCUUCGUGGUUGCUGCCAUGGUUUCAUGAUUUUCUUUUCCCCAGCUCCUGUCGUUUUUUUUUCCCUUUUCUGCCGUCGGUGAUUCUAAGAGCACUGGUUGCUAACGGCAGUUCUAUUAGCUCUGGCUCAUGAUGGUACACCUAACUAGCAAGGUGUGUAUAGGGGGUGCUAGUCCCGUGUGAUGGCCAACGCACUUGGAAUGGAGGGAUGGUUAUUCGUGAGCAUCGUACUCACGUUUGUUUCGUGGCUUCAGCUGCGUUUGGUUACGUAUCCUCGUGGACUAUGUGUUCACAUUUGUUUCGUAGCUUUGGCUGCGUUUGGUUACAUACCCUCUUGGACUGUGUAUCCACAUUUGAUUUUGUGGCGAGAGCUGCGUUUGGUUAUCUACCCUCGUGGACUGUGUGUCCAUAUUUGUUAA